UCAGUCCAUUCCCAUAAAUAUUUGGUCGACUUUUAAAACAUUUUUAGUCUUGUUCUAAGAUUUCUGGGUUUAAGUUCUAAGCUAUGGAUAAAAUGAGACAACUUCUGUUGAUUUGUUUAUUUGGGAUAGCCUUACAAAGAGCAGUGGCUAGCUUAGAAGAUUUUGGCUACUCUGAUAAAGUUAAGCUAAUUACCGAAACUUUGGAGACUCGGCUUGACUCAUUUGGUGAGGCCUUGAACCUGAGACUGGACAGUUUUGAAAAUCGACUAACACAAUCGGAAUGCUCGAAAAAAUUAACAAUUUCGAAUGGACGUAGUCAAUCCUUUGAUUAUGCGUCUUUUGCAGAAAGGAUGUUUGAUAAAUUUAUCAAUAUAUCAGUUGCGAGAUAAAAAAUGGAAACGCAACCGAAGCGAAUAUUCCUUUUGGUUGGAAAAAUCAUUUAAAACACCUUACUACUCUUCUGAAAAAUUCAGAUUUAACUGAAAAUAACGACCCUAAAACGAUGAAUUUUCUCGAUCCAAAAGAUAUAAAUAUCAAGGAUGUAAUUGAGGAAUUUAAAAUUUGGAAAAAGAAUAACAACCUUAAUCAGAACACAAGUUUGUCGCAGGAAAAUAACGAAAGAAGUGUUAAUUUGUGUUUAGACAAAACUUCUAAUUGCAAUAAAUUUGAUGGAAUAAACUUAAAGCGUGUGAACGACGCAAUGAAAAUCGCAAUCCAAGACUAUAGUUUGUGGCAGAAUAGUUUAAAAAGAAACUGAAACUUUGUACUUCUUAACUACCUAAAAACUAAAUAAAUAUAAAAUGACAGAAGGGACGUGGUUUUAUAUAAUUUAUAAUAAAAACGAAUAUCAUUGUUCUCGAAAGGUCUAAAAAAAUUAAUUGUUUAAUUGUACAAUAAAUAUAACAACAAAUAUCGUUGAU